GGUUAUGUUGGCCUUGACAACAUGGGCAAUACUUGCUUCAUUAAUUGUGUUAUUCAAGCACUCGCUAACACUCCGGAGCUAAGAAAUUAUUUUCUCAGUAAUAGGUACAAAAAGGAUUUGAACAAAACAAAUGUUUUGGGCACAGGAGGUUUGUUGGCAAAUGCAUUUGCAGACAUGAUGGUAGCACUUUGGAAGGGAACAAAUAAGUCAUAUUAUCCGAACAAAAUUAAA